CUCCCCCCUUCUGGGCUCUGCUUCUGAGUGAUCAGCUGAUGAAGAGACUAGCAGCACGCAGCUAUGCUGCUUUGCUAAUUCUCUCCCCCUCAGCUGCAGCCGAUCCUGACAGCCAGCCUGCAGACUGCACUCAGGUUCCCCCACCUACUACUCCCCCUUCCUUCAGCCCGAGGCCGGAAAGAACGGCUCCCUGAAGGACAUGGAGGAAGACAUCAGUCUAAAGAAGCGUAAAGGUGAUCACCCUGAAGAGAAAGAGCUGCAGAUAGGGCAAGAAGGUAGUGAAAAGGUCAAAAGGAAGCGAGGACGCCCACCGGCUGAGAAACUGCCUCCAAAUCCACCCGAACUCACCAGAACACUCAACUUCUUGGUGGAUAUGGUCAUCAACUACAAGGACGGGCUGGGACGACAGAUCAGUAAAGGUUUUGUGCAGCUUCCCUCUAAGAAAGAAGUACCGGAGUAUUAUGAGCUAAUCCGAAAGCCUGUGGAUUUCAGGAGGAUCAGAGAACGUGUGCGAAACCACAAGUACAGAAGUGUCGGUGAUUUAGAAAAGGAUAUCUUCCUUCUGUGCCACAAUGCACAGACCUAUAACCUGGAGGGAUCACAGAUCUACGAGGAUUCGAUCGUUAUCAAAUCAGUUUUUGAGAGCGCAAGGCAGAGAAUUGUCACCGACGAAGAACAAAAGGAAAGUGUUAGUGCCACUCACAGCGAUAACGGCAGAGCAGGUGAAGACCAAUUCGUUCAAUCAGUGACUCCAUUACCAGUUCAGAUAAAGAAGGACAGAAACAUUACUAUAGCCAAGAGACUCCACAGUGAUUUAGAGAGUGAUGAGGAUCCAGAAGACAGCAACACAAAAGAUCAGGGCUGAAAAGAAGACCCUACGUUUUUGUAUUCUUGCUCCUGCCUUUUAUCUGCCUCAUUUCUCUCUGUUUUUUAUUCAAAGAAAGGUCUCUUAAAAAAUGAAAGUGGAGGAACCACUCAAACACUAGUACUUGCCAUGCAAUUCUUUUUUCUUUUUAGAUGACUCAUAUUUUGCUGCACAAAGUGCUGUCUCUUUCCUUUUAAAUCUUCUUCAAUGAUUAAUAUUUUAUCUGCUUCAGUCCCUGUGGUUGUUUUUUGCAGUUUAUAUGUAAAAUACAGAUUUCAAUGACUGUUUUUAAUAGGGAUCUUUGAUUGUAAGAAGUGUCUUCAAUGUGUAUUCGGAGCAUGAUAUUUAAUCUGUCUCCUCCAGAGGAGUCCCAUCUGAUAGUGUGUUGAGGUUUUACGAAAUUGAAGAACACAGGAAAGACUUUUUAAAGAAAUUGUAACUAAUGAAUAAAAUACAUUUGUGUAAA